AUGUAUGAAAUAAUAAAACCAUUAAUUGAUGAUGAAUAUACAACACUUGAAGGGCAUGUUGGCGAAGUUUAUUUUUGUAAAUGGCAUCCUAAUGAUCCAAAUGUCUUGGCUACUGCAGGUCGUGAUUCUGUUUUGAGAAUCUGGAAAACCGAUCAUCAAGGAAAUUUUACUGAUGCUUUAAAAAUGGGAAAUGACGAGUUUUACUAUGAUAAUUUUAUAUGUUCAGUAGAUUGGAGUCCAAAUGGAAAACUCAUAGCAGCAUCAUAUUUUAGAGGUGUACCCAAAAUUUGGACAGAUCGAGGUUGUUUAAAAACAAUAUUAGAUUUUAAUAAAAAUUCUGUUACCAGAAUAAAAUGGAACCCAUCAGGAUCUUUAAUUAUUACUGCCGGUUGUGAUAAAAUUAUUAUUUUAUGGGAAGCCUAUUCUACAACUAUAAAAAAAAGUUAUUGUUUACAUAAAGAUAUAGUAUGGAAAAAUGAUAUGAUAUUUUCAUCAU